ACAAAAAGGUUGCGCUCGUUCCUCACUCUUCCCUCAGCACUGUCUCACCCUACGUGCUGGCUUCAGAGGUGUGAACACAUCCUGUUUACAUCUGCUGCCGAGACAGAGGUGCUGAGGGGAGCGCACAGCUGAGGAGCAGUUGGAGGCAGCACAGUUCACAGGGAGAGCUGCCUGCAGUGGGAGCCGGCACCGGCAUGGACGCGCUGCCCAUCUACCAUGGUGGUAUCACCCGUGAGGCUGGGGAGAAGCUGCUGCUGGCAACGGGCACUGAUGGCAGCUACCUGCUGCGGGACAGUGAGAGCAUCCCAGGAGUCUACUGCCUCUGCGUGCUGCAUCAGGGUUACGUUUAUACCUAUAGAGUGUCCAAGACAGAAACUGGAUCCUGGAGUGCUGAGACAGCGCCCGGGGUCCACCGGAGGCUCUUUCGGAAAAUGCACAACCUCAUCUCGGCCUUCCAGAAACCCGACCAAGGCAUCAUAACACCCCUGAAGCACCCAGUUGUCAAGGACGUGAACACCAAAUACCCUCCAGAUCAAAAGCUGAGAGGAAGAAAAGUUCUAUGAUUUGCUCAGUUAUGAAGCUUUUCUAUAGCAGACCUGGAAAGACAUCAGAGAGCUAUUUCCCUGCACCUGCUUUCUCAAAGCCUGAACAAUCCACUGACAACAACAACAAAAAAAAACAAAACAAGGAGAAAAAGCCCCAGAUCGACUAAACUAUAUAAAACCAGAACUUUGAUGACGAAUCUGCAAAAUCUGGAGGACACUGGGGCACUGCCAUUAGGCAGAGUAAAUUCUUCCUGAGAGAUAUGAUAUUGCCAGGGAAAUACGGAGUCACCAGCAGAGGUGGGUCAUGCUUUCCUCCUUCCCACAAGUGCCGUCACCGAAGCACAGCACUACCACAAAGAAUGCACAGCAUUGGCUACAAAAGGCAUUUCAGUCCUAAAAUAUCAGUGAAGCUUAUAGUUCUUCUGGGCAGUAUUUCUCAGAAUAACAAAGCUCAGGUGGGUGUUAUAGGUCAGCCUAAGCCCUCCAGAUCCUAAAGGAAAAAUAGCACGUAAACCUGAAGGCACCGGAGAUUUCAAUAACUAGAAUCCAUCCAUGGGACUCUUCUGGGAGGAAAAGAAUUCACUCGAGGUUUGUUUCUAAUUAGUAACCCGGGAGAAUUGAGACUAGUGUCUGGCUAUUUGUACCGAAGCAAAGAAGAAACAAAUGAACUAAUUCUACUGGCUUUUUUUGGCAAACGGUUAAGAAUGCAAUAAUGUCUAGGCUUUGCAAAGUAAUGACUAGGGAAGAGAGAACAGAAAUG